CCCACCACGAAAAAAGAAUCUCUUUCAUAUUUUCUUCCCAACUGCUCACACAGCCUCUCUGGUCUUACCACUUCCUCUCGCGCGUGCGCUAUACGCCUGCAACCAUGGGUAAGGGACCAGGACUCUUCUCCGACGUCGGCAAAAAGGCCAAAGAUCUUUUGACGAAGGAUUACAGCUCCGAUCAGAAAUUCACCUUCUCCACAUACAGUAGCUCCGGCGUGGCCCUUACAUCAACAGCACUGAGCAAAGGAGGACUUUCAAGUGGUGAUGUUGCAGCACAGUACAAGUAUAAGACCUCUGUAUUUGAUGUCAAAGUUGAUACAGAAUCUAACAUCUCGACAACCCUCACUUUCACAGACCUACUUCCAUCCACAAAGACCAUUGCUUCAUUCAAGUUGCCUGAUUAUAACUCUGGGAAGUUGGAGGUUCAGUACUUCCAUGACCAUGCAACUUUCACUACAGCUGUUGGUUCGAACCAGUCUCCUGUUAUUGAUGUAACAGCCACCGUUGGUAAUCCAAGCAUUGCCUUUGGUGGAGAGGCAGGUUAUGAUACUACUUCUGGUGCUUUCACAAAGUACACUGCUGGCAUUAGUGUUACAAAACCAGAUUUGAGCUUUUCAAUUAUCUUGGGUGACAAGGGGGACACAAUUAGAGCCUCUUAUUUGCAUCAUCUGGAUCAAUUGAAGACGACUGCUGCUGUUGGUGAACUCACCAGAAGGUUUUCCACUAAUGAGAACACUGUUACAGUGGGAGGCUUGUAUGCCGUUGAUACCCUGACAGUAGUGAAAGCCAAGCUCAAUAACCAUGGGAAACUUGGGGCCUUGCUGCAGCAUGAGGUUAUACCCAAGUCAAUUGUGACAAUCUCUGGUGAAUUUGACACCAAGGCCUUGGACAAAAAUCCCAGGUUCGGCUUGGCGCUGGCCCUUAAGCCCUGAUGGUUCCACGUUACGCGGUGAUGCAUUGACUGAAUUCUUAUAUUUCAUUUUUCCCCCUCGGUGGCACCUGAAAUUCAGUGUCAAUAAGUAGUUCCACAGGUAUAUUAGUUUCUUGGUACAUGAUAGCUGUGGAUGAAGUGAAGUCUUUUGAUACUUAGGUUUUACCAUGGUUUUCUAUUUCAUUGACAUUUGUUCUCUCUCCUUUAGGGUUUUGAGGCAUUCAAGCGCACGGUAAACUUUCCUUAUGUGCAGGAGUUCUAUGAUUUUGUUUCUAUCUUGUUAGCUUUAAGCCGUAGUUGCUGCAAUGAAGAUGUAUAUUGGUACUAUUGUUUUUGUCCUUUGCAUCAAGAUGAUUACCUGCUUCAAGUGAUAAAAAUGGUUUUGUUCCCUUCGAUUGAAAUAUAA